AUGAGAUCUCGGAAGAUGCUCAAAUCCCUUGUUUUCAUUGGUCAACUUCUCAUCGCGUGUGUCUUCGUCAUCUCUUCCUCUCAUUUCCGCAUUGGCAAUGACUUUGUGCGUUCCAACCAACAACGCGUUCAAAGCGUACUUGACUCAUUGAAUAUAAAGUACCAGCUUGUUGAUAUCGCUGCCGAUGAAAAUGCAAAACAUAAAAUGAUGGCCGCAUUAAAGGCAGCAAAUAAACAGCCACCGUUCCUAGCUCCUCAAAUCUUCUUUGGUGAUGAGUAUAUUGGUGGUUACAAAGAAUUUGAGGAGGCCGUUGAGGAUUCGUGUCUAGAUGCAUUUUUACGUAUCUGA